AAUGGUAUUUAGUAGCUAAUUGAGUUUUGCCAUUAUUGCAAAUACGUCGGGAAUAAAUUUCUUAAAUUCAGUCUUACGAUUGCAGCUCAAUUUACCAGUACCUCGGAUAAACAUUCAAUCAAGUGUCGGAUGUCAGCAUUGUUCAAUCGCUUGGAAAUAAUUGCAGUUGUGGAAAUUUCCACCGAAAAGGAACGGUUAAACGUUAACGAGUAAAGGAAAUAAUUAUGGCGACCGAUAUUUUAAAGAAACAAGAACAAGCGCGUCAAAUGCGUUAUUCACGUUCGAAAUUUCGCCGCAUCAACUCUUUGGACCAAAUACCCGAAGAUCCUGGCCAGGAGCAGAUCGUGCACACAGCGAAUACCUACAGGAAUCCGGCUUUGGGUCACCAAACACAGGUGCUGCGCCGAUCGCCGCGUACGAUUUCGGCUUCUAUGCGACAAGUUUUACUCUUUUGGCCGCAAUUGCUGAUCAAUAUAGCGUUUACGCUCAUACGCUACAUCCUUUAUUUACCGCUAUCGAUAGCGGCACCCAGUUUUUGGUUGUCAGCUUUAUUGUGGAUCUUUUGGAAGUUCGUUCGCAUACCUGUGGCGCUUAUAAAGUGGAUGUUAAAUGUCGACUCAUUGAUGGAUGUAUCAGCGGAUGGCCCGCAACGCAAUAGGCGUACCGUUCUAAUCAGUUGUGGUAGUACAAUUCAAACAUUGCACCUGGCACGUAAUUUUUAUUCUUCCGGUUCUCGUGUGGUUGUGUUCGAAUUUGAAGGACUAUUUGGAUUGGCACGUUUCUCUACCGCCGUGGACAAAUUCUAUAUUGUGCCCAGACCCAGUGCAAACAAUGUAGACAGCUACAUAACUGCUUUGUGUCAGAUUGUUAGCAAGGAGAAGCCUUCGGUUUAUAUUCCCGUUUGCGCAACGAGUCCUGCCUAUUACGAUGCACUUGCUAAACAACAUUUGGAGCUACUCGGCUGUGCCAGUUUCAUACCGGGCAUCAAUGAGACCAACAUUUUGGAUGAUUGUCUUGAGUUUUUCAAAAAAUGUAACGUUAAUAAUAUUACUGUGCCACCUUACUCCGUACUGACAUCGUCCAGCGAUCUACAGCAAUUGUACGAGAACAAUUUCAUCAGCAAUUUUCGAAAUAUUCUAAUGGCGGUCGGUUUUCAAGGCCUAGUUGAGCGUUUCAAAUAUUUAUUGCCAAAUAAUCGAAUGGAUUUCAAAUUUAAUCACGAAAUAAGUGAAAAUGAAAAGUGGAUUGUGAUACGUGAUUUGCCGGGUGAACAUUUUAUUACUUGCACAACGGUCAAAGAUUCACGAGUUGUAUCGAAUGUUACCUGUAAAGUAGAACAUGAAACGAAAAAUUUGAUACCAGUAACCCCGUUAAGAGGUCAUGGCCCAUCCGCCAUGUCCGACGAAGCACAAAUCGACAUUUGGCUGAAAACGUUCUUCGCCAAAGUGCGUUUCCAGCGUAGCAUCAACGGGCACAUGAGCUUCCGUCUGAUUAAAUGUCAAGGCACAUCACAAUUCAUACCACUCGGCGUACGUGUUGGCGUCUCAUUGCCAUAUAUCUGCUAUAAUCGAUCUCAUGCUCAAAUACUCUGCCGCACUAUGAAAUGCAUACAUCGCAGACAAUUAAGUUUUACAAGUCCGGACGAGGAGUCGGCACUUGGUGCAUUGACAGCCAAUUUUCGUUGGAGUUCUAUAGAGCGCUCCACUCCGACCACAGUGUUAGAUAAGAGAGAAGCUCUAUUCGCCUAUUGGGAUCCAUUGCCAUAUUGUGCUUACUAUCAUUUCCAAUUGCCUCUUAAAUCCGUCAAGAUGUUUUUACAACGGCGUCACCGAUCUACGAAAACUUUAUCGCCACGCAUAACAAUGCCAGUUCAUUGAACGUCUUGUCGGAUCGUGUCGUGUACCCAGCAGAUACGACGCCGGUACAUUGAUAAGCAACAAGAUUUUUCUCUGCUUUAUAAUGGGGCAAUCUAGAGCGCUGUCCCUGUUGUUACGGAUCACUUUCUUUGCAAAAACGUUGAAGAGAGUGUAUUGCUCAUUUGUCACGCAUACAAACUUAUUGUAAUUGUUGUAUGUGUUCAUUUACAUAUGUUUUUAUAUCUUAACAACUAUUUCUCAUACCAAUCCUAAUGGUGAAUAAGAUCACUUGGGAUUAUGUGUAUAAAAAAUAGAAAAGGUCGGCAAAACAAUAAAUUUGAAAACUAAAAUUAUGAGCAGAGAGGGCAGAGUUGAGUGAGAGAGAUGAAAUAGACUGAAGGUGCUGAUGGAAUUAAAUAUAAUAAAUGUAAUGGUGAUUAUUAUGUUAAAAUUAUUAUAAUUUCAAAUGCUAUACAUAUACUAUUUGUAGAUUACUAUGUAGUGAUAUGCUAUAUACGCAUAUAUAUAAUACAGUUUAUUUUUAAAAUAUUUAUUUUUACUAGCAUAUAAGUCACAGGGUUAAGCAUUUAAUUUCUAAAAAAAUAUAUUUUAUUUUUUUUGUUUGUAAGCUAAAUAAAAACUCCUACAUACACUUGAA